AUGUCAGUGAACAUUUCUACUGCAGGAAAAGGUGUGGAUCCAAAUACGGUUGAUACUUAUGACAGUGGUGAUGAUUGGGAAAUCGGGGUUGGAAAUUUAAUAAUCGAUUUGGACGCUGAUUUGGAGAAGGACAGACAGAAAUUUGAGAUGAAUAAUUCCACCAACACGCCUAGCAGCAGCAACUCGAAGGAUUGCGGAGGUCUGGCCUCCAGCGGGGCCGGUGCUACCGCAGCCUUAGCUGAUGGCCUAAAAUUUGCUUCUGUUCAGCCUUCUGCUCCCCAGGGGAAUUCACACAAAGAGACCAGCAAAUCAAAAGUGAAAAGGAGUAAAACUUCUAAGGAUGCUAAUAAAUCUCUGCCUUCUGCUGCCUUGUAUGGGAUUCCCGAGAUCAGCAGCACUGGCAAGAGGCAGGAAGUCCAAGGGCGCCCUGGAGAGGCAACUGGCAUGAAUUCAGCGCUGGGUCAAAGUGUGAGCAGCGGCGGCGUCGGCAACCCAAACGGCAAUAGUACCGGCACCUGCACCUCCGCGGCCACCGCGGGGGCGGCCUCCUGUGGGAAAAGCAAAGAGGAGAAGGCAGGUAAAAGCCAGAGCAGCCGAGGUGCCAAGCGGGAUAAGGAUGCGGGGAAAUCCAGGAAGGACAAGCACGACCUGCUUCAGGGCCACCAGAAUGGCAGUGGCGGCCAGGCCCCUUCCGGGGGGCACCUCUAUGGCUUUGGGGCCAAGAGCAAUGGAGGUGGCGCGAGCCCCUUCCACUGCGGGGGCGCUGGGAGUGGCAGCGGCGCGGCUGCAGGGGAAGUUAGCAAAAGUGCCCCGGAUUCAGGGCUCAUGGGAAACUCUAUGUUGUUAAAGAAGGAAGAGGAGGAGGAGGAGAGCCACAGGCGAAUCAAGAAACUGAAAACCGAGAAGGUUGACCCCCUGUUUACAGUGCCAGCACCACCACCGCCGAUUUCCAGCAGCCUCACGCCUCAGAUUCUGCCCUCCUACUUUUCCCCAUCUUCAUCCAAUAUUGCAGCACCGGUUGAACAGCUUUUGGUUCGGACUCGUUCCGUGGGUGUCAAUACAUGUGAAGUUGGAGUAGUGACAGAGCCAGAGUGUCUUGGGCCCUGUGAACCUGGGACCAGUGUGAAUUUGGAAGGGAUCGUGUGGCAUGAAACAGAAGAAGGUGUUCUAGUGGUCAAUGUCACGUGGAGGAACAAAACUUACGUAGGGACCCUCCUGGACUGCACCAAGCACGACUGGGCCCCUCCCAGGUUCUGCGAGUCACCGACAAGCGACCUGGAGAUGAGAGGGGGCCGGGGCCGAGGGAAGAGAGCGAGGUCUGCCGCGGCGGCUCCGGGCUCAGAGGCCAGCUUCACGGAGUCCAGAGGGCUGCAGAACAAGAACAGAGGGGGGGCCAAUGGGAAAGGGAGGCGGGGCAGCCUCAACGCCAGCGGGCGAAGGACACCCCCAAAUUGUGCUGCUGAGGACAUCAAAGCCAGCCCCUCCUCCACCAACAAGAGGAAAAACAAGCCCCCGAUGGAGCUGGACCUGAAUUCCAGCUCCGAGGACAAUAAGCCGGGGAAGCGCGUCCGCACCAACUCCAGAAGCACUCCGACCACUCCUCAAGGGAAACCAGAGGCGACUUUUUUGGACCAGGGCUGCUCCUCGCCAGUGUUGAUCGACUGCCCCCACCCAAACUGCAACAAAAAGUACAAGCACAUUAACGGCCUGAGGUACCACCAGGCCCACGCGCACCUAGACCCGGAGAACAAGCUGGAGUUCGAGCCCGACAGCGAGGACAAGAUCUCGGACUGCGAGGAGGCGCUGAGUCACGUGGCGCUCGAAUGCAGCGAGCCCAGCGCCAGUCUGGCGGCCUACGACCAGGUGAAGGCGCCGGUGUCGCCCGGCCCCGGGCACCCCCCUGGCACCCCCAAGGGGAAGAGAGAGCUGAUGAGCAACGGUCCGGGCUCUGUCGUCGGGUCGAAAGCGGGGAAGAGUUCUGGCAAGAAGAAGGGCCUUCACGGCGAGCUGAACAACCUCCCGGUCAUCUCCAACAUGACGGCCACCCUAGACGCUUGCUCCGCGGCAGAUGGCAGCUUGGCUUCCGAGAUGCCCAAACUGGAAGCAGAAGGGCUCAUCGACAAGAAGAACGCGGGAGAGAAAGAAAAGGGCAAGAAAGCCAACAACUGCAAAAUGGACAAGAACCUCUCCAAACUGAAAACCGCGCGGCCCAUCGCCCCCGCCCCGGCCCCCACCCCGCCGCAGCUCAUCGCCAUACCCACCGCGGCCUUCACGAGCACCACCACGGGCACCAUCCCCGGACUGCCCUCUCUCACGACCACCGUGGUGCAGGCCACACCAAAGAGUCCUCCGUUGAAACCCAUCCAGCCAAAGCCCACCAUCAUGGGGGAGCCCAUCACCGUGAACCCAGCUCUCGUGUCCCUCAAAGACAAAAAGAAGAAGGAGAAGCGGAAGCUUAAGGACAAAGAAGGGAAGGAGUCGGGGAGCCCAAAAAUGGAUGCCAAGCUGGGCAAACUUGAGGACGCCAAGGGGGCCGGCAAAGACUUAUCGGGGCAUUUUUUAAAGGACCAUCUCAACAAGAGUGAAGGGCUGGCCAACGGACUCUCAGAGUCUCAGGAGAGCCGGAUGGCCAGCAUCAAAGCCGAGGCCGACAAGGUUUACACUUUCACGGACAACGCGCCCAGCCCUUCCAUAGGCAGCGCCUCGAGGAUGGAGUGCAACCCGCUGGUGAACGGGCAGGCGCCCAUGGCCCCGCUGCACGUGCUGACGCAGAACGGGGCCGAGACCGCGGCCAAGACCAGCAGCCCCGCCUAUUCGGACAUCUCGGACGCCGCCGACGACGGUGGGUCCGACAGCCGGUCGGAGGGCGUGAGGUCCAAGGCCGGUUCCCCGUCGGACAUCAUUUCCAGUAAGGAGGGCGUCGUCAAAGGGCAUCCUGCAGCUACAGCACAGUCCUCUCAGCUGAAAGAGUCCCAUUCUCCCUAUUACCAUGGCUACGAUCCUUACUAUUCUCCAAGUUACAUGCACCCUGGGCAGGUGGGAGCCCCUGCGGCCGGGAACGGCGGGAGCACGCAGGCGAUGAAGAUCAAGAAGGAGUCCGAGGAGGAGGCCGAAAGGAAAGACAAGGCAGAGCAGCUGGACGCCAAGAAAGCGGACCACAACCCGGCACCCUUACAGCCUCAGCACCAGUCGGUGAUCACGCAGAGACACCCAGCGCUGGCGCAGUCGCUUUACUACGGCCAGUACGCCUACGGGCUCUAUAUGGACCAGAAGUCCCUGAUGGCCACCAGCCCUGCCUACAGACAGCAGUAUGAGAAGUACUAUGAGGACCAGAGGCUGGCAGAGCAGAAAAUGGCCCAAGCUGGCCGAGGAGAGUGCGACAGGAAAAGCGAGCUCCCCUUGAAGGAGCUGGGCAAGGAGGACAGUAAACAGAAAAGCCUGCCGUCUGCCACAAUCUCAAAAGCUCCCUCUACCCCAGAGCCUAACAAAACCCAUUCUAAACUAGGGCCGCCAGUGCCUAAUAAAACUGAGGACACAGGUAAAUCACAGCUUCUCCCCGGCCACCAGCAGCAGCUUCAGGCCGACAGCUUCAAAGCUAAGCAGAUGGAAAACCACCAGCUUAUUAAGGAGGCUGUAGAAAUGAAAUCUGUCAUGGACUCUAUGAAGCAGACAGGUGUAGACCCAGCCUCGAGAUUUAAACAAUCAAAGGAACUUCGCACCUGUGCGCCGCAGACCCGUGUUCCCUGCUGGUCACUCGCUGUGAACCUGACGAGCCUCCCCGUGUCAUUAACGAGCAUUAAGGAGGAGCCCAAAGAGGCCAAGCGCCCGGAUUCUCAGUCCACGGAGGAGAACAAGCUCAAGAGUGAUGAUCGGAAGACGCCUGUGAACUGGAAGGACUCUCGGGGAACGAGAGUGGCAGUUUCCUCGCCUCUGAGUCAGCAUCAGCCCUACAUACAGUACUUGCAUGCUUAUCCUUACCCACAGAUGUAUGACCCCAGCCACCCUGCAUACCGGGCUGUUUCUCCUGUCCUAAUGCACAGUUACCCUGGGGCCUAUCUCUCUCCAGGCUUUCAUUAUCCUGUUUAUGGGAAGAUGUCAGGGAGAGAAGAGGCAGAGAAAGUCAAUACCAGCCCUAGCAUCAACACGAAAACAACAUCGGAAUCAAAAGCGCUGGACUUGCUCCAGCAGCACGCCAACCAGUACCAUAGCAAGUCUCCUGCCCCCGUGGAAAAGGCGACAGCAGAGCGGGAGCGGGAGGCAGAACGGGAGAGGGACCGCCACUCGCCGUUCAGCCAGCGGCACCUGCACACGCACCACCACACCCACGUGGGCAUGGGUUACCCACUCAUCCCUGGUCAAUAUGACCCUUUCCAAGGCUUGACCUCCGCCGCCCUCGUUGCCUCUCAGCAGGUGGCUGCCCAGGCAUCUGCAUCAGGAAUGUUUCCUGCACAAAGAAGGUAA